AUGAGUGCGCCUGUCCCCACCGGCAGCAGCGCAGAUUCCGUGGCCUCGAACCCGUCCCAACCUGCCGCCGCCGCCGCCGCACCCGCCGCCCUCGAUGCCCCGCGACGAGAGCCCCCCGCCGCCACCACCGGUGCCGCCCAACUCGCCGGUCAAUCGCUAACGUCGGACCGCGAGGACACCAAGAAGCGCGUGCUGGCCGCGCUGCGACGCUUCCCCGACUUCCCCAUCCCCGGCAUCCAGUUCAUCGACAUCCUGCCCAUCUUCCAGGACCCCAAGAUCUUCGACGCCCUGCUCCAGGUCCUCGAGGCCGAGAUCAGGGAGACCCUCGGCGCCAUCCCCGAUGUCAUUGUCGGCCUCGACGCCCGCGGCUUCCUCUUCGGCCCCUCCCUGGCCCUGCGCCUGGGCUGCUCCUUCGUCCCCGUCCGCAAGAAGGGCAAGAUGCCUGGCCCCUGCAUGACCGCCUCCUACGAGAAGGAGUACGGCGCAGAUUACUUCCAGAUGCAGUCGGAUGCUAUCAAGCCGGGACAGAAGGUCCUGGUGGUAGAUGAUAUCAUUGCCACUGGAGGAUCUGCCGCUGCCGCGGCAUCUUUGGUCAACCAACUUGGCGGCAACUUGGUGGGGUAUCUCUUCAUGAUUGAGAUCGGCUUCCUGAAGGGCCGAGACAAGCUGGGCGACGUCCCGGUCAUCGCUCUGGUCGACUCGGACUAA